AUGUCGCUGGCGCGAGGCUGCUGCACUGGGAAAACAGGAGCCUGGAGCUGCAGAGCCGGCUCCUGCCGGGCCCACGAUGGAGCCGUGCCAGCCCCGGCGGCCCCAGCUCCCCCCGACGCCUCCCUGCGCUUCCAGGGACACGCUCUCCUGCCCAGCAAGCGGAUCCAGGAUCCCACUCUCUGGCCCGCGCUGGCAGCCAAGUGGGGGCAGCAGCAGCUGGAGGAUGGAGCCGCAAGCUGGGGUGGGAGCAUCUCCCGCUCCCAACCUGCGGAGCACAGAGCUCCGGUGGAGGCCCCGGUGCUGCGGGAUAACGGACUGAACGCCCGCCCCAGAGGCGGCGGCGCUGCCCAGGGCCCGGAUUUCCGCACCGCGUCCGCGGAGCUCCGGCCGGGAGGGAAGGUCAUCGCUCAGGGCCGCAUAGGCCGCCGCGUCACCGCUCCGUGCCUCGGUUUCCCCAUCUGCUGCGGCGAGAUAACGCUCGCCGGCGUGAUCCUGCGCUAUCUCCCGGGAAGGAUAUCGUGGCAUGUGCUGCGAACAGAAUGGCUCAAGCGGGCUGAGAAACAGCAAACUUUGACAGUCGGGCUGUUCCAGCUGCAGAAGAAUUUGCUGAUGACCCUGUUCAGAGUUGUCCUCUUUUCUCUUCUACAGGAUUAUAUCUGCCCCCGGUGUGAAUCUGGUUUUAUUGAAGAACUUCCCGAAGAGCCAAGGAACACUGAAAACGAGACCAGCUCCUCCACAGCAACCAGCGAGCAGAGCAGGCAUCCUUUUGAGAAUGUGGAUCAGCACUUAUUCACCUUGCCGCAGGGCUAUGGCCAGUUUGCCUUUGGGAUUUUCGAUGACAGCUUUGAGUUUCCUUUCGGGUCCAACGUGCAAUCGGAAGACAACAGGGACUCCGAGAACCGCAGGGAGCGCGAGCACCAGUCUCGGCACCGAUACGGCGCGAGGCAGCCCCGAGCCCGUCUCGCCGCGCGGCGUGCCGCUGGCAGGCACGAGGGAGUCCCCACGCUAGAAGGAAUUAUCCAGCAGCUGGUCAAUGGAAUUAUCGCACCUACAACAAUACCAAACCUAGGACUAGGCCCUUGGGGAGUCUUGCAUUCAAAUCCAAUGGACUAUGCCUGGGGUGCAAACGGCCUGGAUGCAAUUAUUACACAGUUACUAAAUCAGUUUGAAAACACUGGACCACCACCAGCAGACAAAGAAAAGAUUCAGGCCCUCCCCACCAUACAGAUCACGCAGGAACACGUAGACUCUGGGUUGGAGUGUCCUGUGUGUAAAGAAGACUAUACAGUUGGGGAAAACGUCCGGCAGUUACCUUGCAAUCAUCUAUUCCAUAACAGCUGCAUAGUCCCCUGGCUGGAACAGCAUGACACGUGUCCUGUGUGCCGGAAAAGCUUAAGCGGACAAAACACUGCCACAAACCCCCCAGGACUCACAGGGAUGAAUUUCUCUUCCUCCUCCUCCUCCUCUUCCUCCAGCUCACCAAGUAACGAAAACUCAUCGAACAACUCAUGAAUCUUAAUCCGACCCUCUGUCCCUGGGGCCCUGUCCACUGUCCUUCCUCCCUCCCCAGCCAACAUAAGCAACGAAAGGGGCUUCCAGAGCAGAGCGAGGGGAGGGUGGCGGAGGGAGCAGGACCCCCAGAAAUCCCUUUUGAGUUCUGAAGACACACAGAGACUCUGGGCUCUUCAGAGACGAGAAGCCUCAAGUUCUGUGCCGGGGGGGAGAGCUCUGUCUAUUAAUACAUCCCUUUGCCGCGUGGACUUUCCAACAUUGCAGCGAGAGGCUGCUGCGCCCCACGGAUGGGAAACCCAAGGUGCUGAGCUAGCGCUUGCAAUCCUGAAUGGAAAGGUUGUUUGUAUGGGUUUGAAUUUGAGAUUCCUUUCUUUUCUUUCUUUUGCUCCUCCUCCUCCCCUUGGAUACUAUCUCUUCUGCUUUGGAGAUUGAACCUUUAAAAGGAAAGCAUCGUAAUACUGCCUCCCUCCCAGGAUUUCCAGCCAGGGAGGGAAAAUAGUUGUCACUGAAAAAAGUGAACUCUUGAAAUAGACCCAGGAUAGAGGAUCAUCCUUCCCCUCCCCAUCUCAAUUCCCAUUUAUUUUUCUUUAUAACCUUGCCCUUCUGAUACUCAACACUGAAAGGGUUUUUAUAAUUUUAAAUUAUUACUGCUGUUAAAUAAAUGGACGUUUCAGCUCAA